CGCAUUUUCUAGACCUUGACUUGAAAAAAGUUGUUAUUAAUAACUGUUUGGGGCCUGUGAAUAAACGACCGUAACUAUAUUCUACCGAUUCUAUUUCAAUUUGUUAUACUUGAACUUCUACCACGAUUUCAGACGUUCUGAACAAAGCUCGAUGUUCUGAACCCAAGUUUUAGUUUGUGAAGAUAAUCCAACCGCUCUUCUCCACCCCAUCUAAAAGAUAGUUUUUGGGCGCUCGGCUCUUGCAAGUUUUCACGAAUGCGAAGCGGUGAAGCUUCCAGUUCCAUCCUCCAGUCUUUUCAGUCAUCAGUCCUCUAUGCAUCAGUCGCAUCCGCGCUUUUACGCACGAAGGCAAAAGCGGGCUUGUUGUGUUACCGUCACGUCACGUGCCACACGCGUUUAUGUUUGUUUUCAAAAACAAAAACGCAUAGGAAGUUUGUUUUUUUUCUGAGGUUCUGUGCUUAUGGAUUAUAAACAUGACAUUUUGUGUUGUUUAUUGAGGAUUCUCGAAGCACUUGACAGUAGCAUAAUAUAGGAUUUUCUUGGAGAUUUUUACUGACGAUUAUCUAUGACAGUGGAGAUUUAUCUUCAGUAAGAUGACGUGAUGACGUCCCCAGCACCACCAAGAAGCCCAACACGCUCCCGAAGUCAAACCAGUAGGCAUCCCAGGCAUAAAGUUCACUCAGAUUGUCCCCCAGAACCCGAUACUGAACCACCUGGAGAAUCGAGCCCCGGGUUAGGACAACGUAGCGUGUCUUUGACCGCUCUGCAACCAACUGUUAUUCAACCCAGAAUGGCUCAACUGGAAACACUCGAGGCAAAAAUGGCGAGUAUCGAAGUAUCCCUCUCCAAUACCCCAAGAAGAAAAAAGCUAAGCACUGGAAUUUUGAAUUCUUCAAUCCGAUCCAUCCCCAAAGAACUUGCUGCAAAAGAAUUAGAGAAUCUUCGUAAUGCUCUAAGGGAUAAGGAAAAUAUUAUUCAAAGUCUUAGAGGGCAACUUACCGUACCAGGCCUGAGGUUAAACUCUAUAUUGAAUGGUAAUAAUAAUAAUAAUAACAAUCAUAAUGGUACAACUAAUAAUAACAGUAGGGAAUUAACGGAGGUGGAAAAGAAACAAGCAGAAGAUAGGUUGGGACGGCUGAAGACUGAUAUUGACAAUAAAAGACUGGCUAUUAAAAAUCUUAAAAUGGCUCUGGAACGGCUUGAUAUUACAGACAACAUUGAUGUACGUAUUCAACAAGCCGAAUUGGAAUACCAACUGGGACGAGAAGAGCUCAACUUACUAACCCUUCUAGAAGAAACAAGGACUCUUCAACUUUGCAUCGAAGAAUCUAAUAAAUCUUCAUCUGAAAAUAACACUUUGUACAGUUGUAUAUAUGGUUCUGAGUAUGUAAUAUUACAAGCAAUAAAUGUGGAAUAUGAUACAAAAAGUCCCAAAUUUGGAGCUAGCCAAAAAGAUAAUGUUCCAGGCUUGUGGAUAGAUUGGGCUUUGGAAGAAACUGGUUUAGCUAAAGGAGAUAGACUGAUUGAAGUAAACGGCAAAAUAGUUCUAACUAAAACCAGAGAAGAUCUCACCAGGUUGCUAGCUGCUGCCCCAGAUCCAGCUCAGUUAGUAAUCUUAAGAAAAUUAACCGGAAAUGGUCGAGGUCCAGUAUCAAGCUGUGGGCCCGAUGUUCAGGAAGUAGCAUUUCUUCGAUGUGAGCUUGAAACAGUAAAAGAACGAGCCGGGGAAGCGCAAAGGGUUAAGGAAGGCUUGAUAAGUGAUAAUAUUAGACUGACGCAUAGAAUAUCAUAUUUGGAAGAACAGGUUUCCGAACUUCUUAACAGAAAAACAGAAAUAGAUAAUAAUAAUCGGAUUAUGUCGCCACCUCCAGUGAUCUCAAAGUCAAACCAAAAUGUCACCAACAUUAACAUAACUUCCCAAAACUCUCCAGCUUCCACUCACUCGAGCCACUCUGGGGAAAUCCAAGUGUUUCAAAAAGGACCUCAACUAACCGCCCUAAUUGCCAACGUUCCGGAAAAAGAAAGCAUUACUAUAAGGUCCAAAAGCAGUUUGUCAAAUGUUUCAAAUACUCACAUUAUAGCUCCAAGUCCACAGCCAGAUUACCACAGUCACAAACAUCACAGGCAUAAGUCGCCAAGAAAUGGCAUUGAUUAUGCUGAUAAAGUUACGUAUCGGAAACAUAAUAGGGAAAAAGACUAUAACUCUGAAGCAAAUUCAAACGGUGACCACCAUAAUCACCAACAACGGCCAAGAAGUAAAAACAAUGAACACAGACAUUCAGCAGAUGUUUCAAAAGCUAGCCCCAAUAAUGGCAAUAAUGCUGAUCUAGUAGAUCAAAGCUAUAAAAAAGCUACAAAAAUUAUCCAAGAACUCACCCGCAAAGAUGCUACUUUGUAUGAAAAACAUCGACAAAGAUGCAUUACAGCUUCUGAGAAAUAUAAUGCUGACAUUUUAAAGCAUUAUAAUGCCCGAAAAUCAACUUCUGUGUUAGAUUUUAGAUCAGAAGUUCAUAUUGGGCCGAAAUUUUGCGAUUCGCGCAGUGUAGAAGAGUUGGAUGUUCCGGAAAGUCCUUCAAAAGCAAUGAGUAAAAUACUCAAAAAAAUUCAAACUUCCAGGAGUGUCAAGUCUUUGGAUUUUGAUAGUGACUGCAAUUCUACAUCGACAAGAAAUGGUUAUAAGAGCACUGAUUAUAAUAGUGAGGCUGACAGUAGCAGAAAAUAUCACCAUCAAAACUAUUACGAGCACAAUACAAAACCAAGACCGACCCCACCAAAAAAGCCUUUGCGGCUAUCACUGCAUAAAACCCAUAGCCUCCAAUCCAUGGAAAAUAGUUCAGAUAUAAAUGGCAAAGGCGAAUCGAGAAAGAGGAAUUAUAAAGGCCAUACGCAAGUGCAUGUGGCCGAAAAAAAUGGAGAAGAGCAAAUGAUGUGGAAUUGUUAUAGAAAAACUAUGGACAAUGGGCUAGAACAAGGGACUUGGUGUUAAUUUAUUAUUACAGACACAUGAAAUAGAUUGUACAAAAUAGUAAUUUAUAUGUCGCUAUUCAAUAAAAAUCAUUGAAUAUAUAUUAUAUAGAUAGUUGGUCAAUCAAAUUACUUAACUUAUUUUUAAUGUUAUCCCUUCUCUAAAUAUUUAAUUUACAGAUAAAAUGUUAAGCUGAUGUAUUUAGCCGAGAGGCAAACUGAAAAGGAUAAGGUUCCAUCAAAGUCUGUUCCAUACCUACCGAUUUCUGUGCCAUCACCGUUCUCCUAAUAUGGUUUGUUAAAAAUCUAUGUAGAAUGUUCAAGCGAUUUGGUAGUUUUGUAUUCUGAAAAAUAAAUCCGU